UUCUGUGUGUGUGUGCUCGACUCGUCGUGUCUGUCGUGAAGAUGGCGGCGCUCGGUGUGUGUCGCGGGAUUCUGAAGGAGAUCCGGAUCGUGAAGGGUUCCGAUUACAAACACACUCUCAUUUAUAAAUAUGUGCUGGAGCAGUUCAGGAGGAACCAGGUGACCGGAGCGCAGCUGUGUCGAGCGCAGGCGGAGGCUCUGCAUGCGGCGCAGUCGUACCUGUGUCUGCUGAGCUCCACGCGUCUGCACCUGCGUCUGCACCUGCGCUACCACUCGCCCAGAGCAGACGUGCGCAUCGACCAGGCCGCCGGUCUCGUGGGGCUCCGGCUCCCCAAGCAGCCCGGGGGCAAGGGCUGGGAGACCUGAGGACGUGUGUGUGUGUGUGUGUGUGUGUGUGUGUGUGUGUGAGCGGCUUCAUCUCUGUUCCUCUUCUAAUAAACAGACUCACUUUACAAUCA